CAACCUCCAUCUUUGUUUCAUAAGUCAAUCUCGAUCCCGCGUGUAACAUGGUAUGGGUAUAAUUCAGUUCAGUCAGCUGAAAGUUGGUCAAAUCGAGUGUCAGUGAAUCUUGGACAUGUCGUCUAAACAGUAGAUUACUAACCAGUGAGCAAAUGAAUGAGCACCAUAAAAAAACAAUAUUUAGUAGUGUAAUCAAGUGAUGUAUAACUAUAAAUGCUACUACUACUAGUACUAUGAAGAGUGUGUGUGAUUACCCAAAAUUUUGGAAGCCAUCAACAACAGUACAGUUGUCUUAUAUUUUUACUCUGAUCCUGUUGAACUUCGCAGCAUCUCAGAAAGUUCCCCGCCUGAACCCGUUCUUCUUCCCAAAUGGCUUGCAUGAAGGUCAGCGUGCACGUGUAGUGUGUACAACGUAUCAGGGAGACCCGCCUUUCAAAUUCAAUUGGUUUAAAGAUGGUCAAGACCUUCCAGCAAUUCUUGAUGCAGAUAUACGUCAAUUAGAUGAUUACACCUUUUCUCUGACCAUUGACCCUGUGAAAAUUCAUCACAGUGGAAACUACACCUGUCUUGUUAGUAAUCAUCUAGGUUCAGAUAAAAAAACAGCAAAUCUUUUGGUCACAGGUCCACCAAAGUGGCUUGUAGAACCUACUGAUGCAACUAUCCAGGCUGGAGGCACUGCAGUUGUAGACUGUAAAGUUACUGGGUCUCCAGCUCCGAGGGUGACAUGGAAGAGAGUUAGAGAUGAUCUUUUAACAACAGGAAGCCUACAAGUAGCUAAUAAUGGGUCUCUAGUCAUAACAGGAGCACAAAAGUCACAGGAGGGAAUGUAUGAAUGUUCAGCAGAAAAUGGUAUAGGGGUAGCUUUGGUGAAGAGAGUCCGAGUUCAAAUUCUAGUCCCUCCAAUUGUUGAGCAGAAGUUUAAAGUUAUAACUGUUGAAGCAGGACGAGAUGCUGUUUUGGAGUGUUCAGUGAAAGGAGAAGAACCUUUAUUUGUUGAAUGGUUAAAAGAUAAAAAGCCCUUAAAUAGAUUGGAUGAUCUCAGUAAAAGAUCUAGAACAGAACAACUACCAUCAGGUGAAGGAGGAAUCAAAGCAUUAUUAAGGGUUUCUUCAGCUCAACGAAAUGAUGGUGGACUUUAUAACUGUUCUGCAAGUAAUCGGUAUGGAGAAGACAACAUGAUCAUCAGAGUAGUGGUGUUAGAACCCCCUUCAAGCCCAAGCAAAGUUGAAAUUUCCCAGAUUUGGAGCAGAUCAGUGCGAGUGCAAUGGGCACAUGAUGACAGUGGAAAUAGCCCAGUUAUCAACCAUACCAUUGAAUAUCAACAGUUAACAGAUGUUGAACCAGUUGGAAAGAAUGUUACCAUUCAAGGAUCUGCAAAUUCUGCACUCCUUAGGAAUCUUCAGCCAGCCACAGCAUACAGGUUGCUUGUGAGGGCUCAUAAUGAAAUAGGGUCUAGCCAGCCAUCUGAGUCUGUCCAGUUUAACACUGCUAGUGAAGAGCCUUCAGCCCCACCAAGAAACAUAGGAAUUAAAGAUGUUGGAGCAACUUUUGUCAUAGUAACAUGGGAGCCCCCAGCAAGAAAGGAAUGGAAUGGACCUUUGAAGGGUUUUUAUGUUGGAUAUAGAUUAUCUCAAAACCCAAAACAUUACACAUUUUUCACUGCUCCAUAUGAAAAUGGAACAGUUCAGUUCUUACUUCGUGGCCUACAGAGGUCCUCUAGUUACAGCCUCAUCGUGAAAGCAUUUAAUGAUGUUGGCAGUAGUCCUCCAUCAGAAGAAAAAUAUUUUAGGACAAGAGAUGGAGAACCACCUCCCAGUCCUUUAUUAACUGUUGUUAAUUCAAAUGAAGACUCACUUCAGUUGCAGUGGAAUGUCCUUGGAGAAGGAAGUGAAAGAAUAUCUGGGUUUUCACUUCACUACAGACUAGAAAAUGGAUACUGGAAUGAAAUCACUAUAUCAGAGUCUUCCCAGACAAGUUACACUCUCACUAAUCUUCAGAAGGAACAGCUUUAUCAUGUGUAUGUUGUUGCUCAUAGUCGUUAUGGUAACAGUGAGCCCAGUGAUACAAUAACUGCAAGAACUUCUUCACAGGUAACAAAAACUGACAAUGCAGAUACAGGACAUAGUAUACACAACUUGGACUUGUCAGAAACUCUGUACAUUGUAGUCCCAGUGGUAGCAGCAGCAGUUAUAGUAGUUGUGAUAGCCAUAGCAAUUUGUGUGUGUAUGAUAACCAAGAGGUCACGGCCUCCAGUCCAGAAACCCUAUGCAGAUUUCUCACGAGAUCCAAACUUCAAGUACACUGCAACCAUGCAACGACGUCAGGAAUUGUCUCCGCCCAUUCACCCACGCAGUGAGAGUACUCUGAAGAAGCCACCUUCUUCUGCCUAUUCUACAUUAAAAACAAAACGAUCUGAUAUGACUGAAGAGCCAAUAUAUGAAACUGUUUUAGAUGAAAUGAAAAGUAUGCUUCAAGAGCCAAAAAGUGUCCCCACUAUUCAGUCAAAUGUUGACAAAGCAACAGUGUGAAAAAUCUCUGCCUUCUUCUAUGGUGCUGUUUUCUCACAUCUGUGGCAAAGCCAUACUUGAGUUAGUGAUAAGUGAACUACAACAAUGCAUCACUUCAGUGUAUAAUCUCAUAAUAUUAGCUCUAAAGUGUUAUGAAUGAGACUGAAAAAGACUUACACACCUUUGUACAGCCCAUCUACAGAAAUCAGUAGGAAUGAAUAGACUUGUGCUGCUACUGUGAACAUAAGUGUGUAAUGUUGAAGAAAGUUUUUGUUUAUAUAAAUGUUCUUGGUAAUUUCCUUAUAUGCUAAAUGUUAAACCUAAAUUGAGAAGAAUUUGGUAUCAACAAUGUUUAAUUUUUUAUCCAAAGUACUUUGUUUAGAAAUAGUUAGUUUUUUUGUAAUUUUUAUUUAAUAGUUCUUUUUAGAAGUUAAACAGCAAAAAAAAAAAACUGCAUUAUUAAGCUUUUGUUUUUUAUAAGAACUAUUUAUAUGGAAUUCUUUCCUUGUGAUCAUGUAGCAAAAGAUGCCAAAUUUGUACAUUAGUAGACAUAGCUUUUUAAAAAAGAAAGAAAAGGCAUUUUUGUUAUUUCAUACAUUGUUUCCUAACAACAAAAUAUAAAUAUACCAGCGAAAGAAUGCUUUUGGGGAUUAAUACCAAAGCAAAUACCUGUUAUUACAACAUUGUACAGUGCACAAAAUUUGAUUUUUUUUUUUUUUGCGAAAGCAAUAUUUUCAUAACUUUCUUUACCACAAAAACUAUUUCAGCACAUACUAAUAUGAAAUGAUGAAGACAUUUUAACAAAUUGUUAGAAUUUAAUGUUUAUCCUCCACCAGUAAUAUUGAAGAAAAAUCCAUUUCUUUAAGAAAUGUUGAGAAACAGAGUACUCACCUUCAAAUAGUCUUCUCAGGGAAUUUACAAGACAAAUAAACCUAAAUUGACAUAGGAAUAGUAAAACAUUAUAUUAACUUCACAGUAAACAAUUAAGAAAUGGUGAAGUUGAAACAAACUUGUUUCAUUUGUGUUUUAUUUCCACUUUAGGUAUUUUAUUAAAUUUAUUAGACAAAUUGCUUUUUUGAUUAGAUUCGUAUAUUGUACAUUAUGAAGCCUAUUAGUUUAUUUAAGUUUAUUUGCUGCAAAUUGAAGAUAGAAGUCAUUAAUCAAUGUGUUGUAAAUACCUUCAAAAGUAAUUUUGCUCAUUAAUAUGAGAUUCCAGUGAAGCAGAGCAGACCAUUACUAAAUACAUGCACAGUACACUUACAGGUUUGGUAAUUUUUUUUCUCUAACAGCUCAUACCACAUUUAAAACUGUUAAUUUUUUUUUUCAUGUUUAAUUGAGGCACUGUUAUUCUAUUUUUAAACUUUAAUUGCCUUUAGAUCUCCAGUGUCUUGUAUAGAGAAUCUAAAUGAUAAUGAAAAUAAGAAAAAGAGAAGCGAGGUAAAGUAUGAUGAAACAAAGUUUUUUCAGUGCAAAACUCUCCUGGGAACCAGGUACUUACUAAAUGGGGAGUUAACCAUGUAUUACUCUGAUAAAAAUAUAGACCUGGUACUUGAAACUUGUUUUUCUCCCAGUCAUUACUGUGAUGGUAUUCCACUCUUCAUUUGUGGUAUAAACUAAUAAACACAGUAUUGUAUUUGGUAAUGGCUCAAACAUGUACACAUUUUAGUAAAAAUUUAUAUUAGUAGUUAUAUAGAAUGUAAUAAAGUGAAAACAUACAAGUAAAGCAGCACUGUUAUUUUAAACAGUAAUGCUCGGGGGAGCAAACUUUUAUGUUGAUUUUAAUGACUGCAUGAAGAGAAAUCUGUUUUUAAACUGAUCAUGUAGAGACAACUACUGUUUGUGUGUGUGUAUGUAUAUAUAUAUAUA